AAUACUCAAAAGUCUUAUCAGUAAGAAAACCGAAUGUCUUCAAACUCGCAAAAGUCCCCUCGUUACGAGGAUUUGAACUCAACCGAAGAUGAUACUCUGGGUACUUCGUUUAGUCUUAGUGUAGGGGAUAACUCAAUUAGAAUAAGAGAAAAGCCCAAGGUAGUUAAAAAAGUAGCGUCUGAAGACAAGCAUGACCAGGAGAAAUGGUGGUUAAAGAAGCCAGAUACCUGGCUUGAUGUUUCUAAUGUUAUUCCCAUGGAUGCAAAAUUAAAACAGUCUCCAUCCCCUUCACCAGAUGUUAGCUCUUCGAUGAAAGAAUUUCUUGAGAAAGAAAAAAUGUGCAAAGCUAUGCAUAAAAAUGAGAUUGAGAUGAAAGAGACGGAUGACACUUUGUGUGAUAUUCUGGCUUCUGCAGCUUUUGACAAGUAUCCCUCUGAUUUUGAAAAUGCAACUGACGAGGACAUAGGUAGUAUUUUAGAGGAAAUGAGUAAGAUUGCUGGAGCUCUUAGUCCAAAUUCAUCUGCAGAUCGCUCAAAGUCUAGGAACUCAGCCAAAAAUACAACAGAGGAGGAGAAAUCUGUGGAAGAACUGUUAGAGGAAGCUGAGAAACUUGUAAGAAAAAAUAGCAGUAGUUUAUCUAAAAGUGGAUCAAAAUCUGAUACAUUAGUACCUGAGAAUACUCCGGAAGAUGUAGAAAGUCUUAAUAGGGUUAAACAAUUAGAAGCUGAUAUCUUUCAACUGAUAGAGGAGGAGGUGCACAAAGAAACUGAAAAAAUCAGAAAAAGUCCAAAGAACGAGAAGAAGAGGGAGAACAGUCCUGGGUAUGAUGUCGUAUAUGAAAGUGUGAAUGGCUUGAAAGCUCCGAAAUCGUUGGAACUUCAGAGAAGAAAGUUCGAGGAACAGAAGGUGGAAGUAUCCAGUAGCUCUGACUUAGAUGAUCCAAUUGAAAGACAUUCCAAGUCGGAAGAUUUGAAGAGUACAAGAAAGAUGGAAUCAGACAAGGAUAGCCUGCAUAAGGAGAUAACCGACGUGGAUAAAGAUUUUUUUGAAGAUUUAUUAAGGAAGUCGAAAGAAAGAGCAGAGGGUGGUAUAUCGGGUAGUUCCAGUUUCGGACAAGAAGAUUUCUCCCACUUUUUGAAACUUUUGCAAGUGCAGACUGAUAAAAAAGAAAAAGAAUCAAACGACCUUAAUCCUUCUCGUCAUUUCCUUUCGAAACCUACCGACGAAAAGACAUCUCUCUUAGAUGGAGGAUUCGCGAACGACAAAAGUCCCGAAUUUCCCGAGAAAGAAAUCUCCGACAUAUUAGAAAAAGAACUGCCUGGAGCAGACAAUCGAAAAGUCGAUCAUGAAAUCAUCGAGACAGACUCUAGUUUAGGCGAGGAUGAACAUAAGCAAGCUCAAAGUAUUAGCAAUAGUGGUAGGUCUGAAUCGAAGGUAUCGAAUAAAAAGGAUCAACCACCUCCAGAAAAAACACCUGCAUCGAAAGAUGAUAAAAAUAUACUUAACGAAGAAUUGUAUACUGUUGGUCGCACACCAAGAUUAGAAUUAUUCGCGGAUGCGAUUGAAAAAUUGUUAGCUGAAAAGACUGUAGACAAUACAACGCAACAGAGCAAAGAACCUAACGAGGAACGAAAAGCGUUUGUGCGUAAAACAAUUUCCAACACAGAGAUCAAAAGUAGCUCUAAUCUUUCCACUACUCAUCGUAGCAACGUAGAACGUAAACCUGUUCAUCCAAGCAGCGCAACGAGCAAUAAACCGCUGAAGAAAGAGUUGAAAUUUUCCAAGUCUAAAAGUUACGAUCAGAUCUGCAAACCUCCGUCUAGAACUUCCGUAGAAAAUCCAAGAGCAGCCAAACCUAUGGAUACCACGAAAAAACCUGCCAAUUAUUUUAUGAGACGAUCGCCAACGUUGAAGCCAAGAUUACAACCCACUGUCAAGCCAAUCACAAAAAUCCCUCCCAAGAAUAAAUUAUCUUCAAAACCAAAGAAAGAUCCCGUUAAGACUGGCUCCACUCUCACUUUGUCUUCCACGAAUAAAGGGUACCAAGCUAAAUCACCGGACUCUCGUGCAAAACACCUGAUGGCUGGUGGUGACACGAAACAAAAUCUAAUAACGAAAACGAACUGGGAAGCGUUGUGUCGCGAAGAGAGACACAAAUAUGCUCUUCUCAAGCAGCAAUUAGAGUCCGAAGUGAAAAUAUACAGGACUCAAAUCGACAAUAUGCGUAUAUCGUUCGAGGAAGAAUUGUUUUCACUGAAGAAACAGAAUGUUAUACUAAAGGUAAAGGUGGACGAGCUUUUGUUAAAUGAAAAACGUCCAGAGCCUCAACUGAAGAAGGACACGAAGAUCAUGGUUCUGGAGAGGGAGUUAGAGAAACAGGAGAAUGUAAUUCAAGCUUACGAAACUGAGAAUAAAAAGUUGAUGCAAGAAACGAAGCGUAUGCAGGAUGAAAUGAAGCAGUUGCAGAAGCAGAAGAGCACAGCGUUGGAAUCGAGCAAAAAGCAGGAACUUGUUGAUAGAAUCAAGGAUCUGGAAGAGGAGACUUUGAAGCUCAACCUGGAAGUUACCGAGCUUCGUGAGAAGAACGCGGACUCUGCAUUGAAGAACGACGAUCUGAUGCAGCAGAAUGGUUUAUUAAACGACGAACUGGAGAUGUUCAGGGAUCAAUUAAGAACGAAGAACGACUUCAUCACGGAUCGAUUGCAGGCGAUGACCACGGCAGAGUUACAAUUGAAGAAACAAGUGGAGGAUCUGUCGGUGAAAUUGAGCUCGAAGACGGAACAACUGCGGUUGAUCAAGAGGGAGUUCGAUAGGAUUCAACAGAACGUUCUUCCACUGGAGAAAGAGUUGUUGGAAUUAAGAGUGAAGGAGGGGAAUUUUCAGGAGAAAUUACAGGUAGCCAGGAGCCAUGUGGAGCGUGAAAAACAAUUAACUCAGAAGCUGAAGGAUCAGGUAAUCAUUGAUAGCAGAAAGAUUACGGAUCUGAACAGGCAAAUACGAGAAAUGGAAAGGAUACUGAGAAGGAAGAAUCCUGACUCGGUGUCUGCUCUGAUAUUGACCGCGAAUUCUGAGCAAGACAAAAUUGGCGCGGAGAAGGUUAAAUUGUUGGAAGAUCGAAUUGCAAGUCUGGAGAAUGAAACGAAGGCGAAGGAGGAUCUAGCGCAGCAAAAAUUAAUCGAGUUCCAGAAGAAGUUCACCGACAUGAAAGAGAAAUACGCCGCGCAGAUAGUGGAACUGGAAGAAAAGCUUCUCGAGGCGAAUAUUAAAAAUCGCAAAGUAUACAACGACAUGUUCACGCAAACUGUAACGAAACCUAUGGAGAACAAGAGCGUGGAGACAAUCAGAAAGCAAGAGAGGACAGGCUCGUUUGAGAAGGAAGAGAAGAAAGAGCAGAAGUCAUCUGCAAAACCUACACUGAAGUCUCAGAAUUCAAAGGACGAUGCUUAUCUUAUGGCUACCAUACGCGGAUUGAAAUUAGAGCUUACGAAUAAGGAUAAAACAGUCUCGAAGCUGACGAAGGAGUUCCAAGAGAUACAGAAGACGAACAGAAGACUUCAGAAGGAGAGGGAAAAAUUGUUGAACGACAGAAGAUCCGUGAAAAGUAUGGACAUAGAGAAGAUGAACCGUGGCAUGGUAUCCUCGGACUCGAAAUUAUCGACUUUGAAGUCUACCGAAGGAAACGAUCAGAAUUCGAACGUCUAUCAGAAUGGCUACACGUCCGAUGCGAACACUCAAAGACUGUCUGCUUCUAUGCAAAAAUUGUACGAUCCUAUGCAGUAUACCGAGAACGAAGAUAGCAAUCUGGUGAAAAGAUUGACCGAUGAGAACGAUAUUCUGAAGGAAGAAUUAAGCAAAAUGAACAAAGACUUCAUGGCCUUGAAGAACAAACGAUUGCACGAUCUGAACCUCUUGCAAGAGGAACACGAACGCGAGAUGGCUGCUUUGUUGAAGGAAUACAGCGUUAAAUUCGGGGAUUCGAAAGUGGUAAAGUUGCAGGGUCAGAUAAAUACUCAAGUAGCUGUGAUAUCCCACUUAAAGCAGCAAAUUGAAAAGAUGAGGGACUACAAGGAGCAAGUGGUUGUCUUGAAGGCUGAACGGGAACACUUGGAGAGCAAAGUGAAGAGUUUAAACGAGAAAGUUAAAUACUUAUCGACUCCGAGUACAGAACAACUGCAGCUGUUACAGGACAAAAUAACGAUUCUUCAGCAACGGCACGAAAGUCGCGAGAUGACGUUACAGAGUUUGGUGCGCGAUUUGCUUAGAAAUAAAAAUCAAUGUAAGGACUGUAAAAACGAGAAGGGUAAAAAUCGACAAUUGUGUUAUUUCCGUCAAGAGCUUGAUAACAUUCUUGGAAUGCUCCAAGAGAUCGCCAAUGUUCAUUAA